UUAGGUGGCGCUUUCUCUCUGCAGUCCCCACGGGCUCCACCGCUGUGGUCUCUUGCCCCCGCUAACACUCAUGCUGAAGUCCACUGGCCAGCCCUGGUGGGCCCACCUUUGUUGCCACACACUCCCCCGACACCCAUCACAGUCGCACCGCCUCUCACAUGCUCUGGGCCGUCCUGUCUCGCUGCCUCUGCUGGCUGGUCCUUCCCGCAGCGCCUUUCUGCCUUCUCUGGUGAGCCGGGCCGGUUCCUCCUGUCUGUCUCGGUGCAGAGCUCACCUUUGUCUUACGGUGCCCCCCCACCCAGCCACUGCCAGAGGACAGCGUCCAUGUCCACUGGCCCCGGCCCUCGAAAUUGGGAUGAGCCUCAGUAAGGCCUGCCAGAGGCCCACUGAGGGAGGGUGAAGGUCCCACAGCCCAAGACCCCAGCCAGUGCCAGCAGCUAGCUUGUCCAGGGUUGGCGGUAGGAGCCUUCACCAAGGCACGUGGCAGUUUGCAUUGGCCCAUGUGUGCCCCACCCAGGACUGUGGGCAGAGGAGAGUGACAGGUGUCCUUCACAGGGAGCCUGCCACCAGGUGCUCGUUCUCGAGGCGGCACAGUGUGUGGUCAUACCCAGCUCCGGGCCAGCCUGCCUGGGUUCAAAGUCUAGCCUGGCCCCUUGUCCACAGGGUGACCUCACCUCAGGCUUUUCAUCUGUGAAAUGGGAAUAACAACAGUGCCAGCCUCCCUCACAAGAGUGCCGUGAGGAUGGAAGUAGAAGUCACAUGUCUACGGUGCUUAAAACAGCGCCCAGCAUUCAGAGAGUGCUCAAAUUCUUAUUACUAUCCGUUUUGAAAGUGUUCCUAACCCAGGGUCGCACAGCUGGAAGAUAGAAAAUAAAACAAGCUGGCUCAAGGUAGGUCCAAUUGGCAGGAGGGAAAAAGGAAGCAAGGACCAAAGUGGAGUAAAGUGGAGUAGGAAGACUUCAGAGAGGAGAUGAUACCAGAAUAGUGUUUUGAAGAAUGAAUAGGAGUUUGCCAGUAAAUCCAAAGGCAAAGUCUAGUGAUCUACUGGGAAGGGAGGGGGGUUCCUUAAGAUUGGUCCCUUCACUUCUUUUCAUUUCUUUCUUUCUGGGCACUUCUUUCUUUCUCAGCAAGCCUUUACCAAACCCUUUCUUGUGGGGCACUGGAAAUACAAGGAGCUCCCUGCCCUGCCAGGUGGAGGAAGCAGGUCUGAGGACAGACGGUGCUGAUGUAGGGCGGUCAGGGCUGUGGUGGGGCUGCCCAGGGCGGGAGGGACACACACACUGCUCCCAGCUGCUCUCUGGCCUUAAGAACUGUCCUCACACCUCAGCCCACCCUGCUGGCAACCAGUCCCACUGCAAGGAGGGGAGCUGGUGGACGGUGGCAGAGCCAGGGGUCUGAUCAGGGGGCUGGAGCUCCACUCUCACCCAUGGCGGUUUAUACACUUAGGUGUCCUGUCAUAAAAUGUGAGCGUGUUGGCCAGGGGACGCUGUGCAGGGGGCACCACCAGUGGUGUGUUGGCCUGCAUAUGUCACUGUGGGUAUCUUCCUGUGUCUGCCUCCCCUCUCUGUGUCAUCUCUGCCCCUCUCUCUGCUGUCUGUCCAUCUCUCCUCCUCUCUCAGUCUCUCCGUCCUCCUCUGCCUUGGGCUCCCUGUCUUGGGCUCUCCCUGGGCCCCAGCCUGUGUGAACCAGGGUGGAGCUGACAAGGGGGCUGUGGCCUGGAUCCCACCCUUCUAGAGCUGGUCAGCCCAGGGUAGGCACCUCGCUCUGCGUGGCCUGGACCGAUGUGGCCGAGCCGCGGGGCUGAGGUGGGAGGCAGGACCGGGAGCCUAGGCCGCCUGUUUGGGCCUGGCUCACUUGCUGCAAUAUUGAUGGGCCGUCAGGACGGCCCUGAUUCCUGCGCUUUCAGUUAAAAGGUUUCUGUUGUGGUAGCUUAUGCAGUUGCUCUGUUGCUAUGGAAACGUGACAUCAAAAUGACGUUUCCCGUUUAAAAGCUUUUAACUAAAUUCCUGCCUGUCAGAUGUAGGCCCCAUUUUGAGCGCGGAGCUGCCUUCCUGGAGCAGGGCUCCCUCCAGCCCACGGCGCACAGGCGGCCUCGCCUGAGCGCGCCUCUUUAACCCCGCAGGUGCCUCCAGCAUGGCGGCCGCCGAAGUGCCCGGCUACCUUGUGUCUCCUCAGACGGAGAAGCACCGGCGGGCCCGCAACUGGACCGACGCCGAGAUGCGCGGCCUCAUGCUCGUCUGGGAGGAGUUCUUCGACGAGCUGAAGCAGACCAAGCGCAACGCCAAGGUAUACGAGAAGAUGGCCAGUAAGCUGCUGGAGAUGACCGGCGAGCGCCGGCUGGGCGAGGAGAUCAAGAUCAAGAUCACCAACAUGACCUUCCAGUACAGGAAAUUAAAAUGCAUGACAGAUAGCGAGUCCGUCCCGCCCGACUGGCCCUAUUACCUAGCCAUUGAUAGGAUUCUGGCCAAGGUCCCCGAGUCCUGUGAUGGCAAACUGCCGGACGGCCAGCAGCCGGGGCCCUCCACGUCCCAGACCGAGGCGUCCCUGUCGCCGUCUGCUAAGUCCACCCCUCUGUACUUACCGUAUAACCAGUGCUCCUACGAAGGCCGCCUCCAGGACGAUCGCUCCGACAGCUCCUCCAGCUUACUGUCCCUUAAGUUCAGGUCGGACAAGCAGCCCGUGAAGAAGCGCAAGGUGCAGAGCUGCCACUUCCAGAAGAGGAAGCUGCGGCUGCUGGAGGCCAUGCUGGAGGAGCAGCGCAAGCUGAGCCGCGCCGUGGAGGAGACAUGCCGCGAGGUGCGCCGCGUGCUGGACCAGCAGCACAUCCUGCAGGUGCAGAGCCUGCAGCUGCAGGAGCGCAUGAUGAGCCUGCUCGAGAAGAUCAUCGCCAAGUCCAACGUCUAGGCCGCCGGGCGGGCCUCCAGGGCCCGGGCUGACCGGCGACGUGACGCAGGCCUGCCCGGGCCCCGCUCAGCGUGCUGGCCCAGCCCAGGCCUGGCCGGGUUCCGGAGGAAGGGCGGCCUCCUUCCUGGCCCCUGGGGGGCUGCUCCUGCAUCAGGACUCCCUUCCAUGGGGCUUUCUGAGGACCUCAGGCCCUGGGAACCCAGGAGGCCCCAGUCUCCGGCAUUAAAGCCUUCCUCGGACACAGGGCCGGGGACUCCAGGGUCACUGCGGGUGAUGCCCCAGUGGGAACGUCCUCGAGUCUGCUCUCCAGUAUAGUCACUAUCGAUGACACUUGAAACGGCUUUUGAUAUUAAAUGUGUAAUUUUUCAUUACUUCCUGGAAGCGGAGUUCACUUUCACUGGCUAGGAGGGGAUGCACCAGGUUGGGCUAUUCCAGAAACAAAAACGGAUGGAAAUAGUUUAGUAGCAGGUUUGUGCCUAUGACAAAGUGUCUCCUAAAGGGGAGACAGACGUUUUCUCCCUCUCCAGGGUCUGCCACGUCCGCCCUGAGGUAACCUCCGACCCCGAGCAUCCCCAGAGAGCCCCUGCCUUCCAGCGGCCAUCUAUUCACGUCCCUGGAGCAUCGGGUGUUCCGACUGCCUCCUCAGCACCACCCUGCUCAUGUGCCCGCCCUGGUUGACUUCCCAGGCCAGGAUAUCGUGCUGAUGGGACAAAGGCCUGGCUUCGUGGGGCUUACACCCCAGCGAGGGAGACAAAUGAAUGAAUAGAGACAGAAAAUCACAGCAGGUUGUGAUGGGUUCUGGAAGGGAAGGGCCAGGCCGGCCUGGAGGACGAGGAGGGGUCAGACACUGCCGGGGAGGCUGGGCCGUGCAGUGCAGCCAGCAGAAGCCCCGGGAACAGUGCGGCACUCGGCCAGGCCGUGAAGGGCUGGCUCCCCAGGCCUGUGGGAGUGCUUCAGCCAGGAAGCUGUCGGCUGCCGCACACUGGAUCUGGAUCUGGAUUCACUGGGCGGGAGGGGCUGGAGGUGGCAGGGCCAGAGCUGCAAGAGAAAGCUCACCUCACUGCCCCCGCGCCAGCAGGAAAACCUUUCCAGAAGCUCCACUGAAUUCCUCCUGAGUCUCAUGGCUUCUUGGGCUCUUGGUCACUGGCUGCAAAGGAGGCUGGGCACAGGAGUGCCCGAUUCUCCCCUGGGACUAUCAAGUUGCUGCUCACACAGCAAGGUUCUGAGGAGAUGUGACGGGUGGGUUAGCAGCAGGUGACAUUUUUUGACUCACGCUCUAGAGAAGCUCCCUCUGGCUACUGCUGAGGAGACUGAUGGUGGGGAGUGGAAGCAGGGGUCCCACCAGGAGGCUGCCACGGUUCGGUCAUCCUGAUGUGAGAGCUGCCAGCUUGUCUGACCCUCCAGUGGCCCUUGAGGUCAGCCAGGCGGUAACCAGGGCUCCUCCAGGUGUCUGACCACCCAUGGUUGCCCAGGUGGUCACCCAGGUGGUGAGGAGGCCAGCCCCAGGCCCGCCUGCAGGGAGGGAGAGGCCGGGUGUUCUGUGAGCCAGAGGGCAGGCAGGACUCCCCUCCUCAGCCACAUGGGAGACCUCCCCGGGAUAUACGUGCUGUGGACUCGAAUCAUUUUGCUUUGGGACUGAAGGCAGUGGUGUGUCUGGUGAAUGUUUAACCGACUCUGCAGUGGUGGGACAGAGCCCUGAUGUGUGAACUUGCCCGUUUCCUUUUGUGAGUAUUCUCAUCAAAGCCAGUUUCAGCCAUCACCAUCAACAUGACGUCACUGAACCCGUAGUUGGGAAGAGAUGCCCACAGCCAGCCCCAGAACCCGCUGCAAAGGUGGGGACUUGGAGACGCCUCAUGUGGAAGACCUGGGCCUGGGGGCUUGCCCUGGGUCAUUUCUAGCUCAGGCACUCAUCUGCCUCUUAGACAAGAUGCCGUGCGUGUGACUUGUCAGGGCGGCCACACCCUGAAGCUCCCCCAGGAGGCGACAAAAUGAGACUGUAGAGCAGGGUUUUCACCUCAAACGUCUUUGCAUUCCUAGAAUCACAGUGAUAACGUAUUAGUGUUUCAGGAGCUGUGCGGUGUCAGUCACGAUAUGUUCUCUAGCAUGUCUGCAUUUGUAUUGGAGGUCAUUUGGUCAGUUUUCUUCCCCUUGCUCUCUUUGCCAGAGUUUGGGAUCAACGCUAUCUCUGCGUCCUCGUGUGACUUGGAGCCCGUGCCCUUCCUUGGGCUGGACAGACUCUUUGCCCAUCAGGCAGAACUCAGCGUAGAACCACCUGGAUGGCGCCCUUCA